GAGGAGAAGAAUGAAAUGGAAUGUGCACUCAAAAAGAAAAUCGCCACGUAUGAUGUUGAAAUACAGAAUCUGUAUGAAGAGAUGGAACAACAGAUAAAAUCAGAAAAGGAACAAUUUCUCUUGCAAGACACUGAGCGAUAUCAAACUCGCAGCCAUGAUCUGGAGGAGAAGCUGCUGAACAAAGAGCAGGAAUUGGACCAUCUCAUCCACAAGCAGAAGAGGCUGGAGACACAAUGUACAGAACUUAAUAAUGACAAGUAUGAAACGAAAGCAGAGAAUGAAAAGCUCAAGCUGACAAACAAAGAGAUGAGACGAGACCUGGAACGG